AUGACGCUCGCACCAGCCGGCUCGGCGGGCAGGGAAUUCUGGAGCCGCUCUUUACCCGGGGAGCUGUACCUGGCCUGGUACGAAGACGACACGUUUACCUACCACGAGCGGAUGUCGCUAUGGCCGACCAUAGUGAGAGACGAGAGAGACCUGGAGUACGUUGAGAACGUGCGGGGUUGCGUUGAUGGCCCAUUCCGCGCCAGGGGCUUGCGUAACGGGCGACUGCCAUCUGGAGUCGCCCAUGCGGUCUACCGCUUCAGGGAGCACCCGGGUAUCGUAGAGUACCACAUCUCGCCCAGUGGGCGUGAGAGGCUCAUGGACCCGCUGAUCGACACAUGGGCCCUCCGCUGCUGGCGGCGACCUUGGACCCGUGGAGGCCGACGGGGCCGAUGCGCUUAUUGCGACUCUGGCGGCCUGGACGCGGCCACCGCCACUGUGCCACCGCCCGCGGGCACCGAGUGGACCGUGGUGAGCCCGUCCGUCGGCUGGGCGCGGAUUGGCGACGUGUUCGCGCUAGAGGCUGACGACCUGACGCUCGCCGCCAGCGGCCUCUUCGAGGGAGCGAAGCGGAACGGGAUCAGGCGGGCGCAGGUGCAGGCGACGUCGGCCGCCGAGUGGGCGCAGCUGCGGGCCAUAGUCGGUGGCGACAUGUCGGGAGGGCCGCUGCUACUCUUCCCGCCCGUGGCUCCCCCUAGCGACGAGGUGGGCGAGUCCGACGCUUCCGCCGGCACGGGCACUCUUCGAGCUGUUGGUGGCCUGAGCGAGCCCAUCGCCCCGCUCAACGGGCCGACCCUCGACAGCUCGGGGGGCGGCAAGGGCAGCGGAGACAAGGAUAAUGUGCGGACCAUGGCCAGGGGCGACCAGCUGGCCUGCGGCGUACUCAUAUGGGCUAUUUUGCCCAUGCUGGGUGAGCUCUAUCCCGAGAAGAUUUGCCCCGUGCCGCUGCUCGAGACCGUGUCCCUGAUCGACAACGUCCGCGACGCGAGGUGCGCGGACCCGAUCGGCGAGGCACGCGCCCGCGAUUUGCUCGAGAGGCCGACGUCGCGAAGCGUUUUCUUUCACGGGCGAACGGCGCGCGAAGACCUGGCCCAGUUCUUCUCGCUGCCCCCGCUGGCGGCGAGCGCGGCUGGGCUCGAGGGGCGAGUGGGCCUCCGCGUCGCGAGCCACGACGUGGUCUGGUGGCCGUGCUGCGCCGCCUUCCCGACGGGCUUCGGCUGGGGCCUCGUGGUGGCGCAGACGGCCAACCAGGACCAGUGCGCCGCCAGCUUCGCGGGCGCCUGCGACUCGCGCCAGGACGGCGGCCUCGCGAUGCGCGACCGCAUGGAGAAGGCCCCCCGCCCCGCGACGGAGAGCUUCGGGGUCGAGCUGGAUGCCGCGACUGGCGGCCGGGCACCCGCGGCCGCCCGCGACUGGCGACUGGGCGCGAGGCUGCGGCGGGGACUGGCUCGACGGAAAGCGUCCGCCUAUUUGAUCGAGGUUUUCGUGGGCCUCUAUGCGAGUGUUGGCCUGUUCGCGACGCAGACCAUCUCGGUGUUCCACGCUGCGCACAAGUUUGCGCAGCCCCACCCUGUCGGGCUCGCCCUGCUCUGGCCGUCUGCCCGGACCGACUUCAGGCGGACUCCGCCGUGCGUUCGCAGCCACUUGGGCUGGGGCACCUUGGGCCCCGUCCUAGCCGCCCGCUUCCAGCCGGGCAGAUCGCGGCGCAGGCAGUGGAUGGUCAUGCGCGGCACGGCGCCGCCCGAGCGGUCGCCCAGCUGGGCCGCGCGGCAGUGUGCGCUGACAGCCGCGUUGCCAUUGCCAACGCUGGCUGGGCCCGCAUCUGAAGCAGCUGCGGGGGAGAGGUGCAGUGUGUUCCCCGCGUCCGAUGCCGGCGCCUCGCUGAACUCGAGGCUGCGCUCCACGGCGGUGAAGCCGCCCGCGGGCCUCGGCGAGUUCGCGGAGGCCGAGGGCCUGGGGCCGCGCGAGAGCGGGGGCUCCAUCGACGUCGAGACAAGCGACCAGAAGCGCGUUGCGCCGUCUCGGACGAGACAGUUGGAGAAGGGGCCAACCUCGACCCUCGUCGGGGUGUUCCAGUUGCCCCGUCUUCGUCCUCAUGGCCAGCCGCUCUGGGGGCUCGACUACCCGCGCGAGCUGAGGCUCCUAAUUAGGAAGGUGCGCAGUCAGCACCUGUAUUUGCCGACGCUUCACGCCAUUUUCCAGGAGCUGCUUCGUGUCCGCAGGGGCAGCGUGAAGCAGAUCAUAGAUUACACCAGUGUGGUCAACCCGACGGGCAGCAAGCGCGAGUGCACCGGGGUGGACGCAGACAAGCGCCGCCUGAAGGUGAAGUACGACGACAAGAGCUCGCGCGACGAGUGGCUGCCCAGGGACUCGAAGCGCAUAGUGGCGAACCGUGACCCUGCCAAGCGCAAGGAUGCGUCGGACGACAACCCGCGCUUCCUGCGGAAGAGUUCAUAA